AUGGCCGCCCUUCUCCUAGAUCUAGUGCGCCUCGUCUCUCUCAAUUCACUCUCCACAAGUCGUCAACCAACAUUCGACACAAAGCACAGAAGUGCAUUUUACACAACCAGAUCUAACGCAUCGGCACAUCCGUAUUCAACCACUUCCACCAUGCAGCACCCAACUUCAGAGCAGGGUCUCAAUCUUCUCGAUCUGCCCAUCGAGCUCCUUGACCUGAUCAUCCUCUACUGCGUCAAUACCGAACCCAUGACUGUCAAUCUGGCACCCAAUGCAGGCUCCUUGACGCGCACUCUGUUCACCUUCAUCCCUCGUCGCAGACGCUACACAGUAUCUGGUUACCCACGCAACCUGCUGCUCAUCAACCGCCUGAUCUACCGCCUUGCUUUCGACAACAUCUGGACUCACAAGAGCCUUGUUAUCUCUCUGACCCCAUCGGAUACGCUCUGCUUCCUCUUGCACGCACUAAGCCAACAGCAAAAAGACGCGCUCUGCAAAAUCCAACUCCCCAGGUUCCUACUCAGCUGGUCUUUCCCCGUCAACUCGGACAUCUGGCUGGUUGCCGACAAGGAAAAGGGCGAAAGUUGGUACGAGGGAGCCAAGGUCCCGGAAAAGGAGGUCAAGGGCAAGAGAUUUCAAGCAUUGGUUGGCAUUCUUUGUAAGCGCUAUGCCUGCCUAUGUCGGUUGUGGAAGCUCAACAUCGGGCUUAUUCAAGCGUGA